CCGAUCAAUAAAUAAGGAGGGAGUAGUAAAAAAGAGUCGGUCAAAAAUUCAAAAAUAGUGUGAUCUCAGCAAUGGCGCUUCUUCCAACAGGAUUCAAGGAAAGACUUGAACAAAUGGAGCUCUGUAGAAAUCAACGUCUCUCUCUCCUCCAGGCUGAGAAGGAAGUGCAGUUUACUAAGUCUCAAGUGUUAGCUUCCAAGAUCUCUGCAAUUAAAUUAGCGGAUCAUAGGUGUUUGAAUCUCCAACAGCAAAUUGCUUCGAAACAUUUCGUUAUUUCGUCUCUUAAAUCUCGAAUUGAUUGCCUCGAUUCUCAAUAUGUAGAUGUUUCGCAGCAAUUUAGGGCUUUGAAGAGUGAGGUGCAGGAGCUUGAAGAGUUGGAAAGAGAAAAGGACAAGUAUUUUGUCUCGGAAACGAAAGAAAUGGAGGGAUUUAAAGUGGAAUUGGAAAAAUUCGCGGUUGAAAGUCGAAAGCAGGUGCAGGAACUGAAGAACCAGGUGGAGCAGGAUGAUUAUUGUAAUGGAAGAAGCCGCGGGGAUGACAGUAAGAUGUAUGUUGUGUAUGGUCAUUUAGUGAUAAUCAGCGGCUUUCAGGAUUUUAAAGUAGAUGUGGAGAAUAUCUGUACUCCAUUGGCUGAAUUGGAAGUAUUGUAGUUGAAGAACCUGAUGGAUAGAGAUGGAGUAUGGACAGACUCCAAGUGUAUCUUGGGACCUGAAUAAGAGGAUAAAGUAACUAAUUAAGCUUCAACGUCAGUAAAUUAAGGGGCCACAGAAGUGAUGAGAGACGAUGAACUUGAUUAAUAUUUUUGGUGCAAUUAUCCUUUUAUUUAAACUGUAAAUGAGCUAGCUUUUUCAUGCAAGUGAUAUACUCAUUCUUAUAUGAUGCCACUUUCAGCUAAAAUCAAGCUUUGUAAAACUUCAAGGCAACAUUGGGAGUUCUGAUGAUUCUGAGUUAGCUGCAGCUGAGAUUAGAAAAUCUGAACUCCUAGCUGAGAAACAGAAUAUGGAGUGUAGGUUGGCAUCCAAUCAUCAGAUA